UACAACCAGAAAGCUCCAGAGUUGUAUCCCUUGCUUCCUUGCCAGCGACAUCUUACGCGCAUUGAUUACCACGUCAUAUUGAUAUUGUGAUGUUGUGGAUAGUAGCAACUAAACGCAAUGAUUAAUUUCUAUUUAUUUAGAAACAACACAAUGUAAAUAACGUUCUUCUGAAACAAAGGCCUUUAUAGGUUGUAUUGAAGAAAAUGUUUGCAAGAAAAUAAAGAAAUUCUCCAUUUCUAUUCAUCUUACAAUCACAUUAAAGAUGGCUUUGGCUCUCACAAAUGGCAUCUACAUUGUUCAGGGGGAAAUCGCCCUUCUCAUUACUGCUAUGAGAAGGACAUCUCGUUAUGGUGGUCAUAGACAUGGACGGCAUCAGGAUGAUGAGGGUGACUUUCUGCAGAAUUCCUUUUUCCAAUUAAAGGAUGUUCUAUAUAACUUAACAGAGUUGAAUGAAAUAGAGGCAAAUGCUUUUCUGAGUCCUUUCCUUGAUGUUAUACGCUCAGAAGAUACUACUGGUCCCAUUACUGGUUUAGCAUUGAACUCUAUCAACAAAUUUUUAACAUAUGGACUUGUAGAUCCAGCAAGUGAUAACUCAGCUGCAGCCAUUGAAAAUAUCGCAGAUGCUGUCACACAUGCUAGAUUUGUUGGCACUGAUCCAUCAUCAGAUGAAGUGAUUUUAAUGAAGAUACUUUAUGUAUUGCGCACCUUGUUAUUGUGCCCAGCUGGUACAUUAUUAACCAAUGAAUCGGUGUGUGAGAUAAUGCAGUCUUGCUUCAGAAUAUGUUUUGAGAUGAAACUUAGUGAGCUUCUCAGAAAGUCAGCUGAAAAUACUCUCCGUGAUAUGGUACAUUUAUUAUUUACAAGACUGCCAUACUUCAAAGAAGACCCUAAAUGGAUCACAAAUAUAAACAAAAAGUUAAAGAUGCGGACUGGGGGUGUAGACCCUGCAAGAAUUGGAAAGAGGAAAAAAUCACCUAAACCAAAAACCAAACGUAGCCACGGCCCUUCUCAGCAAACUACAGACACAAUUCAGCCAACUAUAAUGGAGGCCAAAGAAACUGUGGAUAGUGCUACUACAGAAAUCAUCUCAGAUUCUCAGUCUGAAUUUGAACACAUUUCCACUGAAAGGCUUGCAACCACACCUGGCUUUGGCAAAGAAGAUACUAUCAUCGAUGUUGCUAAAACAUUUGAGGCCGCUUCCAAAGAAUGCACACCAGAAAUUGAAAGUACAGUUUCAGUUUUGGUAAAUGAAGAAACUGCUGCUGAAGCCCUACGAAGCAACGAUCAAAAAGAAAGUAGUGAUAAUUCAUAUUCUAUUGUAGGACACCAAUCUCCUAACACUCUAGAAUUAAGUGUUGAUCCAUCUUUAUUGAGAAAGGCACAGAGUGAAACAGAUUUGUACUCUAGUGAGCAGAAUGGUGAAGGAGAGGUCUGUGACGACAAUGAGUCUGUUCAUUCCACUGACACCACACUUGCGCAGGACAGUGAAUUUAUUAACCCCAAGGGAGUUCGAUUCCUACAGAACCAACAGCAGCAGAUGAUUGAAGCUGGUCCAGUCACACUGAUUCCAUAUGGUCUUCCCUGUGUGAGAGAGUUAUUUCGGUUUCUUGUCUCGCUGACCAACCCACUUGACCGUCACAACACUGAUGUUAUGAUACACAUGGGACUGAGUUUGUUGAUUGUUGGGCUGGAGACGGCAGCAGAUCACAUUAGCUCCUACAACUCCCUUCUUUACCUUGUUAAAGAUGAGUUAAGUCGUAAUCUUUCCAUGCUAUUGCAAUCAGAGAGGCUAUCUAUAUUUUCUGCAUCGCUGAGGCUCAGUUUCUUGUUGUUUGAAUCCAUGAGGUCUCAUCUGAAACUACAGCUUGAGAACUAUAUUGUGCGAGUGAGUGAACUGAUAACAUCAGACAGUUUGAAAAUUACUUAUGACCAUAGAGAGAUUGCCCUAGACCUGAUAGUCCAGAUGUGGAGAAUCCCUGGUCUAGUGACAGAGCUCUACUUGAACUAUGACUGUGAUCUCUACUGUUCAAACCUCUUUGAUGACAUGACAAAACUACUUUCAAAGAAUGCAUUUCCUGUCUCAGGUUUAUAUACUAUCCAUUUACUGUCACUGGAUGCACUGUUGACUGUAGUUGAUUGUAUAGAGCAACACUGUCACACUCGUACUUUAGCAAAGACUGUUGCUGUUAGUUCUGACAAUCCAGGUAGCAAAAAGACAACUGAGGGACAGAUAGAGAGACCCAAAUCUAUCAGAGGCAAAGAUGCUAAAAAAGGACCUUCUAUAAAGCCCAAUAGAAUGAUGAAACUCUCCAGCAGAAUACCAACACAUGAGGAACUUAUAGAACUCAAACAAAAGAAAAAGAUUUAUCAAACAGGGACAGAACUGUUUAAUAACAAACCAUCUAAAGGUUUGCAGUAUCUCCAAGACCAAGGACUGUUAUCCAAACCAUUCAGUCCAGCUGAAAUUGUCAUCUUUUUGAGGGAAAAUCACAGCCUUGACAAAAAGAUGAUUGGUGAAUACAUCAGUGACAAAAGGAAUAAACAAGUUCUUGAGGCUUAUGUUAAAGCAUUUAAUUUUGAAGACACACGUGUUGAUGAAGCACUAAGAAUGUACCUGGAGUCUUUCCGAAUGCCAGGAGAAGCCCCGGUUAUAUCAUAUUUGAUGGAACAUUUUGCUGAACACUGGCAUAAGAGCAAUGGAGAACCAUUCCAUAAUGUUGAUGCAGCUUUCACCCUGACCUAUGCUGUGAUCAUGUUGAAUGUGGAUCAACACAACCACAAUGCUAAGAAACAAAAUGUACCCAUGACAAGCGAGGAUUUUAAGAGGAAUGUUUCUAAAGUAAAUGGUGGUGAAGAUUUUGACCAGGAUAUGCUACAGGAUAUCUUUCAAGCCAUAAAAAAUGAGGAAAUAGUGAUGCCAGCAGAACACAGUGGCUUGGUAAAAGAAAAUUAUCUCUGGAAGGUAUUGCUUCAGAGGGGAACGUCAAAAGAAGGCAUAUUUUACCAUGCCCCAACAGGUGCAUUUGACCAUGAGUUGUUUACACUAAUUUGGGGGCCAACUGUGGCUGCUCUGUCAUUUGUGUUUGAUAAAAGCUCAGAAGAAACAAUCAUCCAGAAAGCUGUGUCAGGUUUUAGAAAAUGUGCCAUGAUUUCAGCUCAUUAUGGCAUGAGUGAUGUCUUUGAUAACUUGGUCAUUUCUCUUUGUAAAUUUACUACUUUGCUCAGUGCUGUUGAGAGUCCAGAAACAAUUCCAGCUUCAUUUGGUAAUAACUUCAAAGCUCAGUUGGCUGCUCGUACAGUGUUUGGAUUGGCUCAACGCCAUGGGGACAUUCUUCGUGAAGGAUGGAAAAACAUAAUGGACUGCAUGCUUCAGCUGUAUAGAGCCAAAUUGCUCCCCAAAACUAUGGUUGAGGUUGAAGACUUUGCUGAUAGUUCUGGGAAGAUUUGUAUCCUUCGCGAAGAAUCUGCUGCAAUGACGAGGUCAGAGACAGGCGUACUGAGCAACAUUGUGUCCUAUUUCUCAUUGUCCGAAUCAGCCAGUACAAAAGGACCAAGUGCUGAGGACCUGGAGGCUGGCAAAUAUGCUGCAAGCUGUGUCAGAGACUGUCAGCUAGACCACCUCAUCCUGGACAGUAAAUUUCUCAGAGAGGACUCCCUACAAGAACUUAUUAAGUCGUUAGUUUCCAUCCGACAAGGAACAGAAGACCAGGGGAGUAUGAAUGGUCUUUAUGAUGAAGAUGCAUGUGUUUUCUUCCUUGAGCUCUUGGUUUGUGUGGUUCUUCAGAACAGAGAUCGAAUAGCACCUGUGUGGCAGGCAGUUCGAGACCACUUCUACAACAUCAUUGUUAAUAGCAAUAGCCACUCAUUCUUGGUUGAAAGAGCAGUAGUUGGUCUCCUGCGUAUUUCUAUUAGACUUCUGCGUAGGGAGGAGAUUGCUCCACAAGUUCUUACCUCUCUCAGGAUUUUACUUAUGAUGAAACCCAAUGUUGUUCACAGUCUUAGUAGACAGAUAUCAUUUGGUCUACACGACUUGCUUAAAACAAAUGCUGCCAACAUUCACACCAGCCAGGACUGGUACACAUUAUUCACCAUGCUAGAAGUAGCUGGGGCAGGUGCCAAUCUGCCUCCUGUCUUACAAGUUUGUCCUGAUUUAGAUCUGGCAGAAGUCAUCAGUGAUGCAGGAGCUCAAAGUGACAGUGAAGUUCAAAGUGUCAAUGGUGCAUCAGUAGAAAGUGACAGGGGCUACACAUCAGAUAGUGAGUUGUACGAAGCGGGCCAGAGCCGUCAUCCUAGUCAAAAGCAAUCUGCCAACCACAGCCAUCCCCUGGGUCUGGAGCUAAGGCCGGUCCCUGACAACAGUAGCUGGAUGAUGGUGAAUAGAAAAGAUCAUCAAAGUAGCAGGAUGCCAGUCAAUCAGUACAGUAUUGACCUUAACGAGAACCUGCUGUUCCCUGAUAGCCGUGCACUAAUUAAAUCCACUGAAACCUUGACCUUCUUGGUAAGAGAUGCUGCUCAUGUCACUCCUCACAACUUUGAGAGCUGCGUCCAUUGCAUUAGAACAUUUGUUGAGGCUGGUGUUAAUGGAGGUCGAGCCCGCACACCUCCCAUCCGUAGUGGUUCAGUGAGAGACAACAAACACAACAAAAAAAUAGUGAAGAGGGUCAAUACAAAAAUGGGCAAAUCUUCAUCAACACCUGAGCAGUUACAUGAAGGUCUUCAGUCAGAUGAGGACCCUGAUGGAGAGGCAACACAAAGCAGCUUGCAGCUCAUGUCCAUACAGUUGUUGGACCUGAUGCACACACUCCACACAAGGGCAGCAGCCAUAUUCAGUUCCUGGGCACAAGAGGAGCAGGUGGAUGCCUGUGGCACACCUGCCAUCAAAAGAUCUGGCUUGACUCGUGUCAACAGUCAAGGGAUCAUUGUCGAUGCCAAGGCUCCAACUCUAUGGGGAAAAUGUUGGUGUCCGUUAUUACAAGGGAUAGCAAGACUGUGUUGUGAUUCAAGGCGACAAGUUAGGAGUUUAGCUUUAACCUACCUCCAGAGAGCUCUUCUAGUCCAUGAUCUGCAAACACUCUCAGCCAUUGAAUGGGAAUCCUGUUUUAACAAAGUUUUGUUUCCUCUACUGACCAAGCUUCUGGAAAACAUUAAUUCAUCAGAUCCAAAUGGCAUGGAGGAGACUAGAAUGAGAGCUUCCACUCUACUCUGCAAGGUGUUUUUACAGCAUCUCAGCCCUCUUCUGUCUUUAUCCACAUUCACGGCAUUGUGGCUCACAAUUCUGGACUUUAUGGAGAAAUAUAUGAGUGCUGACCGCAGUGAUUUGUUGUCUGAAGCCAUACCUGAAAGUUUAAAAAACAUGCUGCUAGUUAUGGAAACUGCAGGGAUUUUUCAAACUGCUGAUGGCACUGAGUCUAUGUUGUGGAAGCUAACCUGGGAUAAAAUUGACACAUUUUUGCCCAAGCUCAGAACUGAAGUGUUCAAACCAUUUGAACCAGAACCAAAGCUGAGUAAGAUAGAACGAAAUGAUAUGACAACAGAGCCUCAGAGUGUAUCCCCUAACGUGACUAGUGUGAGUCAACAGGACCAGCCCACCACAGCAUUUCCCUCACAACCACAGCAGCACACCCCCACAGAGAAUAAUCCUGACUUCGUUCCCCUUGAAGGCAUAACAAUUGUAACUCAUGAUGAUCGACCAGGUAGUCCACUGAUGAAUCAGCCAGCGCCAUCUGCAGCGUCAGCAUACAUUCUACACCCUCCAUUACCUAACAUUCCUUCCCAGCUGGAGCUUCAAAAUAAAUAAGGACUUUGUUAAUGGUACAGUCAAGUGAUAAUGGAUAAUUAAGAUCCUACAUUGUUCCUGCAAUUUUUUUUAUUACAAGUAACUAUUGUGAUGUACAGUGAUGCAUAUAUUUUUAAACGUACAGCACUCAUAGGAUAAAGACACUGAUACUUUCUUACUUUAUGUUGUAGAAAGUUCUUUUAUCUUAGAUUUAAGAGAACAGAAAAUUGUGUAGACUCAGUGCUGUUUUCCUUUUAUUCCAUGCACCUGCAAUGUACAAUGGUAAAAGUAAUAUGGAAGCUAAUACAUGAAGGGGUAGGGUAUGGCCUGUCAUUGAGCAACUUACUGCACCUGGUUUUUUUUCUGACAGUAAUUUACUUUGCUAGAUUAUUGAAAUGUACAUUACAACGGAGUAACUAUCUUUUACUGUUAAGUCUAAUUUGGACAUCCCAAGGAGCGGUCACUUGAUGGUUGUUAUGUACUUUUAAUAAUUAUACAGAACUAACAAGAAAGUUUAUACAUAGACCAUGAAACCAGAAAUUACGCCAAAUUUUGAAUUCUUUAAAAAUGCAUUUAUAUAUUACUGAAUUGGCUUCAGUGUGUACCUGAGUUGUUUUUAUUUGAAGAAUAUUCAAGGUUGGUCUUGUUGUUAGUAUCUCAGCUGAAUCAAAAUGUUUUUACUUAAUGAUUAACAUUUGUAGAGUCUCAUGGACUUUAUAAUUAAAUCUCAGUUGCGAUAUACUUGCAUUUGUUAAGCGAAUAUUCUUAAGUCAUUUUAUUUUAAUUUUUAAACUUAGAAUCUAAUUGUUUAGAUAAAUCAAAGAUUAAAAAUAUCCCUGACAUGUUUAACUAGUCUGUUGUGAAGAGACUGACUUUUCUAAAAAUGAAAACAACCAAAACCUCAUGAAGGAACAUUUUUUAAUGUUAUUAAACAAGAUUUUCAUUUAAGAAUCCAUACCUUCUGUACAUAUUAUGUUACCUAAAUAUUUCAUUGCACAUAAUGAAGCCUAACAACUGUGAUAAAAUAAAGGUAUACAGUCAUUUGUAUAUAGAGUUCCAGAGUUGGCUCAUUGACCUGUUGUGUUGCUUAUUAUAGAGAGGGAAACUUGAUUUCUUGUGAAGCAAAUAUUGUGACUUGUGACCAAGUUAGUCAAUUGUGUACAUUCUUUUUUUUUUUAUUGUAGCAUGUGGUGAUGUUUCAUGAUCAAUUCUAUUAAAUUAUUAUU